AUGAAUCCUGCCCAAACGCUCCCGAGGUUCUUGCUCCCUCGCCUGAGCUGGGCUGGACCUGGUACGAGGUCCUUUGGGGCAGUGGCUGGGUUGUCCAUCCACUCAAGGAAUCAGCAACCAUGGCAGACUCCAUCCCAGCCGAUCCACGCAGGCUGGCCGCGAGCUCAUCAUCUCUCUACCUCUAAGACCAGGCCCUGUCGGACAGGUCUGCUCCGGGAACUGUCCCUUCGGCGAGCCUUCCAUGUCUCGGCCCCUCGGCGCAGAGACCACCACUUCGAUACCCUCAAGUUCGUCCAGCGCCUACAAGAAGAGGGAUUCACAGAAGAGCAGUCGGUGGCGAUGAUGAAGGUUCUCAACGACGUGAUUGAGGAGAGCAUCCAAAACCUCACGCGGACCAUGGUCCUGCGCGAGGACGCCGCCAAGGCGACGUACACGCAGAAGGUCGACUUCGCCAAGCUACGCAGCGAGCUCCUCAGCGCCGACAGCACCGAGUCCAACACGACGCGCGCCGCGCACGAGCGCCUGACCAACGACGUCGCCAAGCUCAACAGCCGCCUGCGCGACGAGAUCGGGCGGACGCAGGCCAGCGUGCGCCUGGACCUGAACCUCGAGAAGGGCCGCAUAAGGGAGGAGGCCGUGUCCCAGGAGCUGAAGAUCAAGGAGACCGAGACCAAGAUCGAGCAGGAGGUCGCGGCCCUGCGGCAGCAGCUCGAGCAGGUCAAGUUCCAGACCCUGCAGUGGUUGAUGGGUGUCUGUACGGGUUGCGCCGCACUUCUGCUUGGUGCCUGGCGCCUACUGAUGUGA